AUGUCAUUCCCCAACCUUUCCAAACAGCUCGAAGAGCUCAAUCUCAUACGUUUUUCACUUCUUCCGGAUGAGUUGCUGGUUUUUGUUGAAGAUGAAGAGAAAUGGAUGACUCUUCUUGACGGCUACGCGGACGAUGAUGAGAGUAGGCAGGAUACACCUGCUAGACCAGCCCGGUUUCAAGUUAAGUCGUUGAGCGCACGCAUGUGGUUUGAGAUAACUCUGGCCCCUGGACAUCCGCAUGACAAGUCAGAGACAGAGAAGUCGCUACAUGGGGUGACUGUGCAUGGCGAGAACAUGUCUCAAGAGAAGCAACAGCGAUGGCAGGGUAUCAUCAGCGAAGUCCGCGUAGAGUCAGAAAUUCUAGAGAGCGAAACACCUAUAUACCAACUCCUAUCGAUCCUCCUACCCCUCGUGCACGAAGAAGCUGAGGAAGAGCCCCGGACCGCACCUGAUCCUCGCCCUUCCAAGCCGAAACGCGCUCUCGACUCGCCCACCUACCACGUUCUAUUCACAUCUCAUCACCUCAUAUCACCUGCCAAGCGACGCUCGCUGCAAUCAUGGACGUCCGAGCUCUCUCUACUCGGAUUUGCGAAGGUCGGCUACCCAGGCGUGAUUUACGCUGAGGGCGCUCAGGGGGAUAUCGAGGAGUUCACGUCGCGCGUCAAGGCCAUGCAGUGGCUCGCUCUCAAGGUCCGGUUCGUCGAGCCGCUUGAUCCGAAGAAGAGGAGGAUCAGGGAUAUUCAUGGAGCCACAGAAGGAGGGUCAUGGUGCGAGUAUCAGAAGGUGGGCAAAGUUGUCGAGGCGAUGCGUAGGUUUGGGAGGGAGGAAUACGUUGUUGAGAUGGGUAUCGGCAGUGCGGGAUCGGAUAAACAUUGGGUUGGCGAACAAGCCGAUUGCUCAGCACUUGCAAGAGCCCUCCGCACAUUGGCACCUACAAGAACGUCCGUCAAAUACCACGUCAAGUCGCGAUGGGUCAUAGACUUACGAAUCGCCGCAUUUGCAGCUGGCAUUGCCGCAGUGGAAACUGAAAGUGCCCACAGAGUGCAUGGUGAUGGUCAAAGAUCGGCCCUAAUUGGCACUGAGGCGCGUGGUUAUGAUGCAACUUGGAUCCAGGUCGAGCGUCUUUUUGACCCAAGACCAUGGUAA